AUGAGCACCACAAACGGCCAACAAAACUUCGAGGAUUUCGAAGAUGAUCCAUUUUUCGAUAAUUUUUUGGAUGAUCAACAAAAUACGCAGGCAUCAGAUGAGAAGUUUUUGGAAGAGCAAAAGAAGUUGUUAGAAUGCGAAGAGACGAUUGGAGAGGAUUUCGAUCCGAAACCCGAAAAAUCACUGAAUUUUGAGGAGGCUUGGAAAACUGACAAAAAUUCGACGACUUACGAAUCGAAAUAUAAAACUAUUCCGUUUUUGAAAGAAGAUGUUGGCAUUGUGAAUUGUGAGUUUUCACGGGGGAAGGGUUGAAUCUCUGAAAAUGAGUUAUGAGGUGGCAAAUUUUGAAUUAAACAAAUUGGGAAAAAAUCACCAAAAAUCGGGGAAUCCCCUUCUAAAUUUUGAGAAAACAGCAAAUUAUUCGAAAUUUCCAAUGUUUGCCACGUCAUAGCAAAGUUAGGCUAAAUAGUUUUUGACAACAGAAUCAUGAGUCAACAUCUAUAAAAAAAUUUUAAAGGGGUUUUUAAAUUUAGAAAUGUGAAAAACACAAAAAUAAAAAAAAUCACGCGUGAACUGCCACGUGGCAAAUAUAAAUUCAUUUUCAAAUCCACAUUUUUUCCAGCAAUGAGCCACGUUUCUCCAGACGACAUUGCCAAAUUAAUAAGAAAUAUCCAAAACUCGGUGUAUAUUCUCGGAAUGGAUGAAGGUAAGUUUACUUCAAAUACCUUAAAUUUUCAAAAACCCCUUCUCGAAAAUUUUCAGCUCGCGAAUGUCGACGUGGCAAAUUAUUGGGAGUGCUCAAAGAGGAUGAAACUAAAUAA